AAAAGUGUGGGCGUCAAGAAGCAGACUCAGGCAGAGAGCUUUGUCCUCACCAGUUCUGACGGUAAAUUCCAUCUCAUCUCUAAGCUGGGGAGAGUGGAGAAGAGUGUGGAAGCCCACUGCGGGGCCGUGCUCGCUGGCAAGUGGAACCAUGAAGGCACCGCGCUGGCCACGGUCGGAGAAGAUGGACAGAUCAAAAUUUGGUCGAAGACUGGCAUGCUAAGAUCAACAUUAGCUCAGCAAGGCUCGCCAGUGUACUCAGUGGCCUGGGGCCCUGACUCUGAGAAAGUGCUCUACACCGCAGGCAAGCAGCUGGUCAUCAAACCUCUCCAGCCCAACGCCAAGGUUUUACAGUGGAAGGCUCACGAUGGCAUCAUUCUAAAAGUAGACUGGAAUUCAGUCAACGAUCUCAUUUUAUCUGCUGGUGAAGACUGUAAAUAUAAGGUCUGGGACAGCUACGGCCGCGCGCUGUACAGUUCCCCGCCGCACGAGCACCCAAUCACCUCCGUGGCCUGGGCUCCGGAUGGAGAGUUAUUCGCCGUUGGAGCGUUUCACACUUUGCGCCUGUGUGAUAAGACGGGGUGGUCGUAUGCGCUGGAGAAGCCCAACACUGGCAGCAUCUUCAACCUGGCCUGGUCGGUGGACGGCACGCAGAUCGCGGGCGCCUGCGGGAACGGACACGUGGUCUUUGCCCACGUGGUGGAGCAGCGCUGGGAGUGGAAGAGCUUCCAGGUGACGCUGACCAAGAGGCGGACCAUGCAGGUCCGCAACGUGCUCAACGACGCGGUGGACGUGCUGGAGUUCCGGGACCGGGUGAUGAAGGCCUCGCUGGACUAUGCCCACCUGGUGGUCGCCACAUCGCUGCAGUGCUACGUGUUUUCUACGAAGAACUGGAACACACCACUUAUAUUUGAUCUCAAAGAAGGAACAGUCAGCUUGAUUCUGCAGGCCGAAAGACAUUUUCUUCUUGUAGAUGGUGGUGGUAUCUACUUAUAUUCUUAUGAAGGGCGCUUCAUUUCUUCUCCAAAAUUUCCUGGAAUGAGAACAGAUAUACUGAAUGCACAGACGGUGUCUCUUAGUAAUGACACCAUUGCAAUAAAAGAUAAAACUGAUGAAAAAGUGAUCUACCUCUUUGAGACGUCCACGGGGAAGGCCUUGGGUGACGGGAAGCUCCUCUCACACAAGAGUGAGAUUUUGGAAAUUGCUCUGGAUCAAAAAGGACUUACCAAUGACAGAAAAAUUGCUUUCAUUGACAAAAAUAGAGACCUCUAUAUCACCUCAGUAAAACGAUUUGGGAAGGAAGAACAAAUUAUCAAACUUGGAACAAUGGUGCAUACUCUGGCAUGGAGUGACACGUGUAAUAUCCUCUGUGGGCUGCAGGACACUCGGCUGACCAUAUGGUAUUACCCCAACACCGUUUACGUGGACAAAGACCUUCUGCCCAAAACCCUGUAUGAAAGGGACGCCAGUGAGUUCAGUAAGAACCCGCACAUCGUGAGUUUCAUCGGGAACCAGGUGACCAUCCGCAGAGCCGACGGCUCCCUGGUCCACAUCAGCAUCCCUCCCUACCCCGCCAUCCUGCACGAGUACGUGAGCGGCUCCAAGUGGGAGGAUGCCGUGAGGCUCUGCCGCUUUGUUAAGGAGCAGACCAUGUGGGCUUGCCUCGCUGCUAUGGCUGUCGCGAAUCGAGACAUGACCACGGCAGAAAUAGCCUACGCAGCUAUCGGUGAAAUUGAUAAGGUCCAGUACAUCAACUCCAUUAAAGACCUUCCCUCUAAGGAGUCCAGGACGGCGCACAUCCUGCUCUUCAGCGGCAAGAUGCAGGAGGCCGAAACGGUGCUGCUCCAGGCCGGUCUUGUGUACCAGGCCAUCCAGACCAACAUCAACCUCUACAACUGGGACAGGGCACUUGAACUGGCCGUGAAAUAUAAAACGCACGUCGACACAGUCCUCGCCUACCGCCAAAAGUUUCUGGAGACGUUUGGCAAACAGGAAACUAAUAAACGAUACCUACAGUACGCAGAAGGGCUUCAGGUCGACUGGGACAAAAUCAGAGCCAAGAUCGAGCUGGAGCUCACCAAGGAGCGGGAGCGCGCGGCCGGCGGCCAGCCCAGGGGCUCGGGCCUGAAGCUCUGA